AUGUUGGCGGUGGCGGCUGCUGGAGUGGGAGGAGGAACUGGAGGUCGGUUUGGCGGGGGCGGACGGAUGAAGGGGGAUGGAGAGGACGGAAACCGAAAAACUGCGUCUGGGUUUAAUGCUCUUGGUCCGAAGAAAAAUGUGUUAGCUGGGGGUGGAGGAGGAGGGUUCGGGGGUCGCGAAGGUUCCGGGGGAGGAUGCUCGACGCGGAAUGAUCUGGGUCGGGGGCUGAGGGGAGGUGCGAUAGCGGAAGUGGAUCACUAUUGGUAUCUCCAAAGUCAUCAGUCACAACACCGCACUGAGAACUGUCUGUGGGGCUGA